AGCCAGGUAGUUCGGUUGAGCGGGCGCGCUGUGGGGUCGUCGGCCGGCUCCGAGGGGGGACCCGCAAGCGAGGGAUACAGCCACAAUGUGGAUCCAAGUGCGCACCAUGGACGGAAAAGAGACACAUCGAGUGGACUCCCUUUCCAAGCUAACGAAAGUGGAAGAGCUCCGGCAGAGGAUCCAUGAAGUUUUCAGGGUGGUACCUGAUAGACAAAGGCUCUUUUAUAGAGGCAAACAGAUGGAAGAUGGUCACUCCCUUUUUGAUUACAGUGUUAACUUGAAUGACAUUGUUCAACUGUUAGUGAGACAAAGCCCUGCUCUCCUGCCCCUGGUGAACAAAGAGAAGGACUCUGAACUUUCGGACACAGACUCUGGCUGUGGUUCAGGCCAAAGUGAAUCUGAUAAAAGCUCCAAUAAUGGGGAAGGGGCUGUGGAGAUGGAGGGACAAUCCAGUACUGCGGUUCGGACUGACUUGGUGGACCCCGGCUUUGGAUUCUACAAGAUUAACGAGUUGGUGGAUGCUCGUGACACAAGCAUGGGCGCCUGGUUUGAAGCGCAGGUGGUCAGUGUGACUCGGAAGGGAAAAUCGGGAAACAAGGCAAGCGAAAGCGAUGAGGAAUCCAAUUUGGAAGAAGCUGUUCCUGAAGAGGACAUCACGUAUCAUGUGAAAUACGAGGACUAUCCAGAGAAUGGUGUCAUCCAGUUGAACUCCAAAGACGUGCGUGCUCGCGCCAGGACGAUUCUCAAAUGGGAAGAGUUAGAAAUUGGAGAUGUUGUCAUGUUGAAUUAUAAUCCUGAUGAUCCAAAAGAGCGGGGGUUUUGGUACGAUGCUGAGAUCCUACAGAAGCGGGAAACAAGGACUUACAAAGAGUUAUAUGCCAAGAUAGUUCUUGGCGAUGGUGGAGAUACCUUGAAUGACUGCCGAAUUGCUCUUGUGGACGAGAUUUACAAGAUUGAAGAACCAGGAUGUGCAGUUCCUCUUACCGCAGAAAGUCCCCUAAAGAGGCAAAGCGGGCCCGUGUGCAAGCACUGUAAAGACAACCCGAACAAAACCUGCCGGAUGUGUGCCUGCCACAUAUGUGGUGGGAAAGAAGACCCAGAAAAACAGCUCAUGUGUGACGAGUGUGACAUGGCUUUCCACAUUUAUUGUCUUAACCCCCCGCUUAGCCGGAUACCUGACGAUGAGGACUGGUAUUGCCCUGAAUGCCGAAACGAUGCAAGUGAAGUGGUUUUGGCGGGUGAGAAGCUGAAAGAAAGCAAAAAGAAAUCUAAGAUGGCAUCUGCUAACUCGUCUUCUCAGCGGGAUUGGGGCAAGGGCAUGGCGUGUGUGGGCCGCACAAGGGAGUGUACAAUUGUGCCAUCAAACCAUUACGGGCCCAUCCCUGGAGUUCCAGUGGGAACCAUGUGGAAAUUCAGAGUGCAGGUGAGCGAGUCGGGUGUCCACAGGCCCCACGUCGCAGGUAUUCACGGCAGAAGCAACGAUGGAGCCUAUUCUCUGGUUCUGGCAGGUGGAUAUGAAGACGAUGUAGAUCAUGGAAAUUCUUUUACUUACACGGGAAGUGGAGGCCGUGAUCUUUCUGGGAACAAACGUACAGCUGAACAGUCUUGUGAUCAAAAACUUACAAAAAUGAACAGAGCUCUGGCCCUGAACUGCAGCGCUCCAAUUAACGAUAAAGAGGGUGCCGAAGCGAAGGACUGGCGAGCUGGAAGACCAGUUCGGGUGGUGCGGAAUGUGAAGGGCGGCAGAUACAGUAAAUAUGCCCCCACAGAUGGAAACCGUUACGAUGGGAUCUAUAAGGUAGUUAAAUAUUGGCCUGAAACAGGGAAAUCUGGCUUCCUGGUCUGGCGCUACAUGCUCAGGAGGGACGAUGAGGAGCCAGCCCCUUGGACCAGAGAAGGCAAAGAGAGGAUGAAGAAACUUGGCCUCACCAUGCAGUAUCCUGAAGGGUAUCUGGAAGCUGUUGCGAACAAAGAUAAAGAAAACAGCAAGAAAAUAGAAGUAGAAACCCCAGGACAAGGGAAGAGGAAAAGGAAAUCUGGAAAUGAACUGGAUCUGUGUGUGUCUCCUGCUGCCACACUGAAGAAAACUAAAGUGGAGGUCUACAAACUUACACCCCAGCAGAAGGCUCUUAUUAAAGAUGACGAAGCCAAUACAAAGUUGUGGAACGAAGCACUAGAAGCCCUUAAGGAUGGACCGAAAUUCUUGAACAAAGUGGAAGAAACCUUUCUGUGCAUUUGCUGCCAGGAGGUGGUUUUUCGACCAAUCACCACGGUGUGCCAGCACAACGUAUGUAAGGAUUGCCUGGAUCGAUCUUUUCGAGCAAAAGUGUACAGCUGCCCGGCAUGCCGCUACGAUCUCGGCAAAAACUAUACAAUGGAAGUGAAUCAACCAUUGCAGGAUCUUCUAAGUCAGCUCUUUCCAGGUUACGGCAACGGACGGUGAUUCUGAAAAGCACUUCUAAUUUCCGUUGGAUUUUUGUUAUGUUUUUGUCUUGCCCCUUCAAAAAAAACUGUUGUGAUUUUGGUGGGGUUUUAUUUAAAUAAAUAACCUUUCAGAAAAACUUCUGUCUCCGUUCCCCUAGCCCCUGAAUACUAAGAUUGAGGAACUUGCUUAUAUAUAUUUUUGGUAGCAUUUCCCUUGUCAGUUAACAUACAUAUUGGUGAGAGCAUAGGUUGAAGGGAACCUUAAAUUGCUUGUUAUAAAUGCGCUACUAAAUUGGAUGGAAUUUUGGCCUGCAAGGGGGUGAAGCAUUCUCUCAUUGAACAGAAAUCUUGUAUGUAGCUUGGUUGCUAGAACAAUCUUCUGAAGCACAGGGCUCGGGGCUGUAAGUUUGAAGUGUUUUAAUUGUUUUAAGGCAGCAUUUUUGGUGCUUGGC